CCCACUCCCCAAAGUACUCUUCUCUCUGUCCCCCCCAGGGCAGAUCCCUUCUUAGCACAGAGCUGAGACUCCAGUCUGGUUUGGAUGAGGACAAAUCAAAGCCUGCCUCGUCUCCCCAGCCAUGAUGCUGGAACAUUUGGUCUGUCGCCUUAGCUCCAUACCAGCCCCUAUUCAGAGCAGUCACUGUCCCUUCCUCUCAACUAUUCAGGGUGGUCACCAUCUCCUUUCCCCCUCUACUUCCUUAUCUAGGACAAUUGCCUGCCUUACCCCAAAUCCACCACCGGUUGGUAUUCAGGUUUAUCAGUGUGCUUUACCUGUCUUACCUAGGAGGACUCACAGGGCUGCCUCCAGAAAUCUCGAGAUUUUUGGCUGUGGCAAAGGAGCCAAGUCCAGAAGCGCUGUGAAAUUGGGGUGGAAUAGACAUAGAGGAAGCAGAGAGAUGGGACUCUGUCCAGAUAUCCUUGGGCCCCACUCUUACACAAAUUCACGUACAUUCAAGCAUCAGUCAUUUCCCUGAGUUAAAAAUAUAUAAUGUAAUGUCAACUUUUUUCUUCUUCUCAAAAGCCAGAAACUAGGAGGAGUAAGAUAUAGUACUGGUGAAAGGGGCCAGAUUGACAACCCCGGAGACAUCCCCAUGAGUACAGCACAGGCAACUAGAGAACCAACUCCCUCAAAACGCACUACACUGGGUGCCUUCUCCCUUCCCUGGAGGGACCCAGUUUAGAGGGUCCCCUUUCUCCGAUGUCCUUGGAAGAGAAGGCAGGGUGACCAGCAAGUCAGCUGAGUUGGGAUGGAUGAGCCCAGAGCCUCCUGGGGAAGCAAAUGCCUCUGGCUGCCCCGUGCAGAGACCACAGCCACAUAACAUCGUUCCCCAGGUGAACAGACCCAGCUGCCUGGCAAGAUGCGCAUCACGUUCUGCCAGGGGGUCCUAGCGCUCGCCAUUGUCAUCAAUCUGCUGAUACUGUACUACGUCUCGAGGCUGCAGCAGCGGAUGUUGCAUAGACACAGAGACCACGUCCAGCCUAGCUCCCGGCUGCUGCCUGUCCCCCAGAAGCUCGGGGUGACCGUCAUCAUCAGGGAGUUCGAGGACUUUGAGAACUACGUCCCUGGUGUGGUGCAGUCCUUCCUGAAGCAGAAGCCGGAGCAGCCAGUCAUGGUAGCAGCAGAUACCUUGCCGUACCCUCCGCUUGUAUUACCGGAUGUUCCCAACGUCCAGCUGGUGAUCCUCAAGCCAGCCCCUGACCAGUCUGCCCAUGUGUCCAGGCCUGAGAUGUACGUGAAGACAGAGUAUGUGGCCCUGGUGCCUGAUGGGGUCAAGGUUGAUUCCACAAGGCAGCUGGAUCGUAUGUUAGAAGAGUUCAAAGCCAACCAGGGCAGAGUUCAAAUGGUGGCAGCGCCCGUGCAGUCCCUCGCUCCCCUCCAUUGCUUGAACCUGAAGGUCAGCCUUAGAAAGUGGACUGCUGAAUACAGUGUAGCGCCUUCCACCAGGGUCUGCACAGCCCUGAAGGGAGACGCCGUGAUUCUGCUGCGCACAAAGGAUCUCUUCAACCUUUCCACUCCCUUGGCCAAGCCCCUGCUGACCUCCCUCUUCAUCCAGACAUCACUGCGGGGCUGGACGGUCCGAAUCCUUGAUGUCUCCUUCUCCUCAGCCCACCAGCCUCUGCUCAGCUCCUCACACAACCAGUGGAAGGCAGAGAACCGCGCCAAAGCCAGCCGGCUGCAGCUCUUCCGAGACUUCGGCAUCAAGCGGGUUCUCCUGGAGGAUGGGAAGCAGCAGUGGUUUGGGUGCAGCAAAGAGACGCCGCGUUGCUUCAGCACCGUCCAUGAUGACACGCCGGAAUAUCUCUAUCAGAACCGCUGGACCCCGCCUUGCUGUCUACAGGCCCUGAGGGAGACGGCAAAGUACGUCAUCAACGUCUUGGAGACGUCUGGGGUUCGGUACUGGCUGGAAGGCGGGACGCUCCUAGGAGCUGCCCGACAUCAGGACAUCAUCCCAUGGGAUUAUGACGUGGAUCUAGGGAUAUACCUGGAGGACAUUCCCAACUGCGACCUCCUCAGGAAUGUAGAGUCUGGCUCCAUCGUGGAUGAGAAGGGCUUUGUCUGGGAGAAGGCCAUCGAGGGCGACUUCUACCGUGUGCAAUACAGCGAGCACAACCACCUGCACGUUGACCUCUGGCCCUUCUACCCCAAGAAUGGGCUGAUGACCAAGGACACGUGGAUGGACCAUCGGCAGGAUGUGGAGUUCCCGGAGCACUUCCUCAAGCCCCUGUUACCCCUGCCAUUUGCUGGCUUCACAGCUCUGGCACCCAACAACUACCGGAGUUUUUUGGAGCUGAAGUUCGGCGCAGGUGUGAUCGAGAAUCCAGAGUAUCCAAACCCAGCACUGAAGAAGCUGGAUAAGGGGAAAUAAGCAAGGACUCUGGCUUCUGCCUCUGCAUUGGGGCCCAAGAGAGCAUCAGACUCUGAGGCCCAGGGAGCAGGGAUCCCUCUCUCCUUCUGCACAUAUCCCUGAUGCCAACAGAAGGGAGUCAUUCUGGUUUGAACCAUGCUGCUGCUAGGGCAGCUGUCUGCCCACUGCUGCUGGUACGGCCCACUGAAGCCAGGAGAGUUUACCCUCACCUCUGGGGCUGGGGGGAUUGUCUGAAGGGCUUGUGGCUGUUCGGAGGUGAGACACUUUGAACACAAAGACAGGAGAAUUAACAAAGCAACCCAGGAGAGGCCUCACAGAGAUGCCGCCUCAGCGCAUCUCCCGAACUCGCUGGGUCGCUGGCGGGGCUCUCUGCUUUCUAGCAAAGGUCUGCAGUUCAUGGAUUGUUUGUGGGCUGCUCUCUGAGAGGAAGCGCAAAGCCACAGCUGUUUUCAAUCAGCGGGAAGAGUACAAACUUAAUGCCUGUCCCCCUUGCCUCCUCAUUUAGGUGCUGGAGAUCUGUUACCCAUCUGGGGCUUAAAGUGGGGGGACAGCUGUGGCAUCAUGCACAACUUCAGGCUACCUAGAAGGAAGCACUUGAACAGGGAGAAUAAUUAGUCAGUGAGGCUGUGCCCUGCUUUGGGAGGCUCUGAAGCUGCUGACACUAGAGAGAGACAGAAGCUUACAACCGAUGACAGGCGGUGGCUGGGGAUCUGCACCAUAAGAGAGGGGGGAAGGGGACUAAUCGAUCCAAUAGGUUCUGUCCAACCCUCUUAUCCAUCACUGUAACCUGUUUAGCUUGAACCGCAGCAGCGCUUGGGAAUUUACUCACCCUGCCUGAGGCCUAGGCCUGAGAACAAGGCCUGGCAGGGAGGUGCAACUGUUUAGUAUUGGUGAUACACUUUGAGACCCGUCCUGCUCUCACUGAAGGUCAUGGGAGGUCAGAGAUUGACUUCAGCAGGGCUCAGAUUAGAGUCUCAUCCUAAAUUUGCAAAGUGUGGUCCUUAUCAUGGUGAUUGGCUAUAAAUGACCCCAGAAAAUCAAGAGCCCAACAUGGGAUAUUGCAGACAUAUUUAUAACCACAGCUGGUUCUGUUUCAUGCGUUUACAGCAAGGUCUUUUACUUGCUCCUUCAAAACGGUGCAGUCCCAAGGAAUCGAGGCCCAGCAGGUAGGUUGUGGGAGGAUCUGCAGCUCUAGAACGUGGGUCUGCUGGUCCCUGAGCAACUGCUGCAUUCACACAGCCAUGAGACAACUCUGGCUGAGCAGCAGUCGACAGGCUGUGGGCCGUGUGGGCCCAAGCACCACAGGACAUGCUGCCCACAGAAUCUGACUGACAGUGCUCCCAGAGUCCCUGAUUGGUCCAGGCAUGCUACUUAAGCCUGGAGGGAACACCAGGAAGUUGUCUGUGAAAGUAGGCAAAUCCCCAGCCGGCUUCUAGAACAGACCUCGCUCCUAUCUGGUUCCCAGCCUUGCCCCAGCCCUGCCACAGCCCAUUCCCUAUCCUGGCAUUUGACUCCCGCUCUGAUCCUCCGCUCUGGUUGCUAGCGUCUGACUUCGACUCCACCCACUAGACCUAGCUGCCCAUGCCCUGGCUGAGCCACGGCUCGGUUUUUUAAGAAAAAGGGAAAGGAAAAGAUGACGAUCUGUACAGCCAGGAGUUGAAAUGUUCUCAUGUAAAGAUUCAGUGGGAUGUUUUGGUUUAGUUUAAGCCUUCCCUUUAUAGUUCUGGGAACCCAAACAGGGCCGUGUGGGAUUAAUGUGGCAGAACGAGGAACCGAAACUGCCUCUAAACAAGAAGUGAAAAUAACCAGCCACGUUUCGUUGUCCCAAGCUGAACAAAGGGUAGAAACGUAACUAAACUGCCUCCACGGUGUAAAGGAAAUUGAGUUUAUUAACCCUUUGUUUUACAAUCAUACAUACAAUAUCAGGGUUGGAAGGGACCUCAGGAGGUCAUCUAGUCCAACCCCUGCUGAAAGCAGGACCAAUCUCCAAUUUUUGCCCCAGAUCCCCUAAAUGGCCCCCUCAAGGAUUGAACUCACAACCCUGGGUUUAGCAGGCCAAUGCUCAAACUUUUACUCAUAGAAGGCAUCAGGAGUAACAGAAAUGCAAGAAUUUAAUAACAAGAAAAUCCCAGGGGAAGCAUCCAACUGUGAGCCAGGAGAUUUGAGUUCUAUUCUCUAAUGCCCUGUGUGACGUAGGACAGCUUACUUCCUCUCACCUGCAGACUAGAGCUAAUUUUACUUCCCUCCCUCUCCCAUGGGGACGCAUGAAGCUUGCUUCGUGUGUGGAAAGCUGGGGAUCUUCAACUGAAAGGCAAAGUUCUUCAUAUAAUUUGAAUAUGUUUACAGAAAAUCUGGUCCAGCAGUCAGUAGCGCCAGCCCCGUGUGCUUAAAAAUCACGAGAGUGGCGUAAGACUCAUGAGAUUUUAAAGAAUAGUAAAUGUUGGGGUCUGCUUUCUGGUUAUUAAGCCUUUAGGGGGCCCUUGGAUCAGGUUUUCAAGCUUUUGUGUGUAAGCAUGAGGAUAGACACUUUUUCUUUUUCAGUGAAACCUGAGAUUUUCACCAAUCACAGUUCCUGGACCUGUGGCUUCAGUAUCUAAAUGCUACAAGACACAAGAGUUGGCAACACUGAUUAGUGCAGACAAUGCAGUAGAAAUGCCGUCAAAACCCCUCCUAGUUGCUCUACCUAUAACAUUAUCUUCUGCUACUGAAAAGGAGCCACAGUAGUCUUUGCCCUAAAGGAUCACAGUUAGAAAUGUAUCAGAGUAGCAGCCGUGUUAGUCUGUAUUCGCAAAAAGAAAAGGAGUACUUGUGGCACCUUAGAGACUAACCAAUGUAUUUGAGCAUAAGCUUUUGUGAGCUACAGCUCACUGCAUUGGAUACAUACUUAGAAAUUUAGUGAGAGGAGCAGAUUAAUUUGACUCUUGCUCCAUUCCCCAUACCCACACAGGCUUGAAGUCAAUGGAAGUUUUGCCUCAGGAAAGACUGUUGACCUAGUCCCUUCAUUUGUGGAGUUCAGGACAAAGUCCUGACAAGGGUGUUAUUUUAAAUAAUCAUUAAAACUCAAAGUGAUUUUCCCGUCUGAUUUUCUUGGCAUCUCCUGCCAAUCUGGUUCAGACUUUGUUUUGAUCACAUAUGGGGCUGUGAACAAUGUCAGAGUUUAAGCCACCAUAUCUUGACCUCCUUAAAUCCAGAUCCUCAAAAUAUUUAAGCACCUAACUCAUUAAUUUCAGUAGAAGUUAGGAAUCUAAAUACCUUUCAAUGAUAGUACCUUUCACUAAGUCUUGGAGCACGGGGGAAGUUCCAGAAGACUGGAAGAAAACUAAUAUUGUACCAAUAUUUUAAGAAGGUAAAUGCGAUGACCCAGAUAGUUAUAGACCUGUCAGUCUGAUAUCAAUCCUGUGGCUGACGUGGGAGGGUAAUAUGAUUAAUGCCAAUCAACAUGGGUUUAUGGAAAAUAGAUCCUGUCAACCUAACUUGAUCUCUUUUUCUGAUGAGAUCACAAGUUUGGCUGAUAAAGAUAACAGUGUUGAUGUAACAGACUUCUUAUGAGGCUUUUGACGUCGUACCUUAUGACAUUUUGAUUAAAAAACUAGAAAGAUAUAAAAUUAA